GAAGCGUAUUUUCAGUCAUAUAUAAAUAACCGCUCCUUUUCUAUCGUUUUCCCACUUUAUUUUGAAAAACUUACGCAAGUGUACAUCCUCCUCUUCUUUUGCAACGAUUCAGUUUCAUUUUUUUCAGAUUAGUGUUUCACCUUUUUGUAUUAUUAUUAGGGAUUCUGAUUAUGAAGAAUUUUAGGAAAAGACAUCUCAGCAGCGACGAUGAAAACAGUGGGCCAGAGGACGAAGAAGAAAGGAGGUUGACAUUAGAAGAAGUGAAGUUUCUUCAGAAGCAGAGGGAAAGGAAAUAUGGUAUCCCUGCGAUUCCUAAUUCACAACCAAUUGGUGUGCUUGCGAAGCCUACUGAGAAGGCGGAUGCAGACGGUGAGAAGGAGGAGUUGGUUCUGCAAGACACUUUUGCUCAAGAGACUGCUGUCACAGUUGAGGACCCCAACAUGUUGAAGUAUGUCGAGCAAGAGUUGGCCAAGAAGCGUGGAAAGAACAUUGAAACCACCAAUCAAACUGAGAAUGAAAACAAACGAGCAGAGGACGAACUGUACAUGAUUCCUGAGCAUCUCAAGGUGAAGAGGCGGAAUUCAGAAGAAAGUUCUACUCAGUGGACCACUGGAAUCGCUGAAGUGCAGUUGCCUAUUGAGUACAAGUUAAGAAAUAUUGAGGAAACUGAGGCUGCCAAGAAACUGUUACAGGAUAAACGGUUUGUAGGCCGGGCAAGGCCAGAAGUCAGCAUCCCUUCCAGUUACAGUGCUGACUACUUUCAGCGUGGAAGAGAUUAUGCUGAGAAACUUCGCCAGGAGCACCCGGAGCUUUACAAAGAUAAAAGUGCACGUGAUAGCAACAAUGGAUCAAAACCAACUGAGGGCAGUUUGUUAGGAGAAGGAGGGAGGAGGCAAGCUGCAACAGACGAAUUCAUGCUUGAGCGAUUUCGAAAGCGUGAGAGGAACCGAGUCAUGCGUAGAUAAGAUGAAGAUCAAGCAAAAUGAAUCUCUUGUGAAUUAAUUGAUUGAACAUGAUUCCCCAUUUCCUUCUCAUUACUUCCUGUAUUUUUUUUUCUCCUUUGGCGUGAGAAAGGAGACCGUAUUCCUCUUGA